CGGCGGCAGCUCCCGGUAAAUCGGGAGGCGGCUCCUCCGCACGGCGGAGCGGGGGUUUUGCUGUGCGGGAUCACCGUGGAGCGGCGGCUCCAGCCCGGUCUGCUCGCCCCGGCGGGGCCGGGGGCUCCGGACCGUGCUCGCCGGCAGCACCGAAGGGGAAGCGCCGAGACACGUCCCUGCCCCGCGUGGGAGGGACCGGCACAUCUYCAUCUGCCUGCCCGGACCCGUCCUGCGCUGGAGACUGCCAUGUAUCCCAGGAUUAAAAACCUCUUGAUUUACACCUUCUCCAUCACGCUGCUGGCCUGGGUGUUUUACAUGAAGAAAGAGGAGAAGCUGGCAGCAUCGCCGGCUGAACAGAAAGUGAAUGUAGCAGAKGACAGGCUCCAGCCUCCGGUUCUGGACAGCGCCGAGCGCAGCAAGUGUUCGCCCAACUUCACCUUUGCCAAUUCCUCUGCCGCCCUCCCGGAGCCUCACCGCGUGUUCUUAACCUACAAGCACUGCAGGAACUUCUCGGUCCUGCUCAGGCCUUCCAGGUGUAGCCAAGAGAUGUUCCUCCUGCUGGCCAUCAAGUCCUCYCCCAUCAACGUGGACCGGCGAGUGGCCAUCAGGAACACCUGGGGGAAGGAGGCGUCCAUCGSGGGCAGGCGCAUCAGGCUCGUGUUCCUCCUCGGCCGCUCCGACGCCAAAAUCCAGGUGCAGCCCCUGCAGCAGCUGCUGGCUUAUGAAAGCCAGGAGUUCGAUGACAUCUUGCAGUGGGAUUUUGUGGACAAUUUCUUCAACCUGACCCUCAAGGAGCUGCAUUUCCUCCGCUGGUUCACAGAGGAGUGCCUGCACGCCAGGUUCGUGCUGAAGGGCGAUGACGAUGUGUUUGUCAACACUUACAACAUCGUUGAGUUCCUCCGGGAGCUGGACCCUGAACAGGAUCUCUUUGUUGGGGAUGUGAUUGCCAAYGCCCGGCCCAUCAGGAACACCAAGGUCAAAUACUUCAUUCCAGAGCCCAUGUAUGGAGCCACCUUCUAUCCUCUCUAUGCAGGAGGAGGAGGCUAUGUGAUGUCCAGGCGGACAGUACGCCGCCUUCAGAGCACCGCAGAGGACAUGGAGCUCUUCCCCAUAGAUGACGURUUUGUGGGAAUGUGUCUGGCAAAGAUGUCAGUGACCCCGAAGAACCACGCUGGCUUUAAGACUUUCGGGAUCCAGAGACCUUUCAAUCCUUUUGAUCCRUGCUUGUACAAAGAGCUGAUGGUUGUGCACAGACUGAACCCGACCGAGUUGUGGAUCAUGUGGACGCUGGUGAAGGAUGACAGCAUUAGGUGUGCGGUGUCGGUGACACACAGCUACAGGAGGGGCUGGAAAAGGAGCUACUGAUGAGCCCAGCGGGGUUGUGGCCKGUGCCAGGGUGUUCAAACUAAAAAUCAGGUCGUGGUAGAGAUGUCUGUUACUAACAGAGCGCGCUGGAGCCGUCGCGGUUUGGUUUGCAGUGAGUCUUUUUCUGUCGGGGUUGCUUGAAUGGGUUGAAUUGUCACGGGGUGUGGCCRGUGGCUGUGUGACACACGGCACAGGGGACCCGGCUCCUCCCGGCCACACUGCAGCCAGGGGGAGUCACAAGUGCCCCUGCACUGGUGUCAGACUGCCAAAGUCAGCCUCAUGUGGGGCAGCCAGUGAUGACUAACGAGUGACAGAGCAUUUGAAAUUUACUUGAAGGGGUGGAASAAAAGCCAGUAUGUCCUGCUGGGUCUGCUGUGCCAGGGCAGCAACCCCACAGCUCCUAUCAGACAGCAGGAGAAAGGAAGUGGAGUGGGGAAGAAAAAGCUUAAAAAAUACAUGGCCUUAACACAGCAGUGAUAAUGAUCUGAAGGACUGGGCUCUGCCUCAAGCCCUUUGGCUUUUACAGAAGCUCAUUACUGGUUUACAUGCACUGGAAACUUUUGCACAAACACUUUCUGAUCUGGUUUGAGAGGAGCAAUAUAUCUUGAAUUACUGUGAUAGGAAGACUGGCUGUAGCUUCCUAUGUCGUGUGGGAGGUGCUUGGUUUCUCAUUGUUGUUGUAAU